GCCAAAGACAUUCCCUCUCGUCAGAGGAACUUGUUACACGAGAUCAGGUAUUACUUUGAGCUAAUCAACGUAGUCAUUCUAUGCAGCAUCGUUGCUGUUAUAGGUAUCAUCGCCAACGUCAUCAACAUCAUAGUCUUUUAUAGACAGGGUCUCAACAACACCGUCAACAUCACUCUAACCGGGCUGGCAAUCUCCGAUCUCUGUUGCCUGAUCACGCUGCUGUGGUAUGCCAUCUGUGCCAGUCGCGUGUUCGAAGACCAUGACGUGACCAUCAUUCCCUCAGAGGUCCAAGUGCUGACCGCGGGUUGGCCCCGAGCGUGCUUUGUCCGCAUCACUAAUUGGAUCACCGUGUUCAUCACGGCCGAGAGAUGCCUGUGUGUCAUUGCGCCACUGACAGUUAAGAAAAUCCUGACGCCGAAACGAGCCAGGAUUGUGAUCGGAUUCAUUUACGUCAUCACAACGCUUCCAUUGAUCCCCGAGUACAGCACUGCGUAUUUGGAUUGGAAAUUUGUCGAAGGGGCAAACCGAACUCUAUUUGGUUUAAAGUUUGCGGAUGACAGACCUCAGUUCGAAGAAUGGACGUCCACAAUUUACUUUAUCUACAUAUUCCUGGCCUAUUUCCCUCUCAUAUUCCUGACGGGAGUUUUGAUCUACAAGCUGAAACAGAAAACAAAAUGGCGUCAGAAAUCCACCUUCGACGCGACGCAAUCGGAGAAGAUCUCGUCACGUGACAGGAAGACCAUUAACAUGGUCAUAGCUAUCGCCAUUGUUUUCAUCUUCUGCAGCGCCACCUCUGUUUUUAUUGUUACGGUCAGCUUCUUCGUGCCUGGGUUCGGCAUCACUGGGGAAAACACCGAUCUAUUUUUCUUGAUCUGGUCCUUUGGUUUUCUGCUCGAGGGUCUCAACGCGAGUGUGGAUAUAAUACUUUACUACGUGAUGAGUUCCAGAUACAAGCGAUAUUUACAUGAACUUUUUAACGUUAACAAG